GAGGGAACCCACGUGGGCUGGGUUUUGGGGUGCGCGGCUCCCGCAGCCAGCCGUUAACCCUGCCGGACCCAGCGCCAUGGGGAAGCUGCGCCGGCGCUACAACGUCAAGGGGCGCCAGCAGGCGACCCCCGGCCCCUCGAAGGGCCCCCCGGAACCGCCCCCCGUCCUGCUGGAACUAGAGGAUCAGGGCACGCUGAAAGGAGUUGACGCAAGCAAUGCGCUGGUUUUGCCGGGAAAGAAGAAAAAGAAGCCCAAGGCCCCUCCCCUGGCGAAGAAGGAGAAGAAGCCUCUGACCAAGAAAGAGCGGAAAAUGCUGCAGAAGAUCUUAGAUCAGAAGGAGAAAAAGAGCCAGCGAGCGGAGAUGCUACAGAAAUUGAGCGAAGUCCAGGUCUCAGAAGCCGAGCUGAGACUCUUUUACACCACGUCCAAGCUGGGCACUGGGAACCGCAUGUACCACACCAAAGAGAGGUCUGACGAGAUGGAAGCCCAGGGGCAGAAGAUCAGCAGCCUCAGCGGGGCCCAUCGGAAGCGCCCCCGCGAGGAGGCAGAAGAUGAGUCCUCCGAGUCCUCGGCGGAGUCUGAGCCUGAUGAGGCCCCUGCCGCCGAGCCCGUGGAGGAGGCUGGUGCGGGGCCGCCGCCGGGGGCGGGGGCCGGGGGCCCCGGCUCCAGCGGCCAGCCCUCUCUGGCCGCGACGUCGUCGGUACCUCCCGCAGCAGCCCCCACCGUGGCCAGGCCCCCCGCGAAGCCCGCCGUCUUCAUCCCCGUGAACCGCUCCCCCGAAGUGCAGGAAGAACGGCUAAAGCUCCCAAUUCUUGCUGAGGAGCAAGUGAUCAUGGAGGCCGUGGCCGAGCACCCCAUCGUCAUCGUGUGUGGUGAGACCGGCAGCGGGAAGACCACGCAGGUGCCACAGUUUCUCUACGAAGCAGGCUACACCAGCGACGACAGCAUCAUCGGCAUCACAGAGCCCCGCCGCGUGGCUGCUGUGGCCAUGUCCCAGCGGGUGGCCAAGGAGAUGAAUCUGUCACAGCGGGUCGUCUCCUAUCAGAUCCGAUACGAGGGAAACGUGACCGAAGAGACCAGGAUCAAGUUCAUGACAGAUGGCGUGUUGCUCAAGGAGAUCCAGAAGGACUUCCUGCUGCGGAGGUACAAGGUGGUGCUCAUUGACGAAGCCCACGAGAGGAGCGUGUACACGGACAUCCUCAUCGGCCUCCUGUCCCGCAUCGUGUCUCUCCGGGCGAAGAGGCACCUGCCGCUGAAGCUGGUCAUCAUGUCGGCCACGCUGCAGGUGGAGGACUUCACGCAGAACCAGCGGCUCUUCGCCCGGCCGCCCCCGGUCAUCAAGGUGGAGUCCAGGCAGUUCCCGGUGACGGUGCAUUUCAACAAGCGGACGCCGCUGGAAGACUACAGUGGCGAGUGCUUCCGGAAGGUCUGCAAAAUCCACCGCAUGCUGCCGCCAGGGGGCAUCCUGGUGUUCCUGACGGGGCAGGCAGAGGUGCACGCGCUGUGCCGCAGGCUGAGGAGAGCCUUCCCACACGCCAGACGCAGGCCUCCAGAAAAGGAAGAUCAGGAAGAUUCAGUAGAGGAAGUGCGGAAGUUUAAGAAGUCAAGGACGAGAGCGAGGAAGGCCCGGGCAGCGACGUUGCCGCAGAUCAGUCUGGACAGCUACUCGGUGUUGCCUGCAGGCGAAGGCGACGAGGACAGGGAGGCGGAAAUGGACGACGAGGAGGAGGAGGCGGCCCUGGGCUCCGACCUUGACCUGGACCUGGGGGACGACGGGGCAGACGGAGGUGCACAGCCGGAUGCAUCGCUGCCCCUCCACGUGCUCCCGCUGUACUCCCUGCUGGCCCCAGAGAAGCAGGCGCAGGUCUUCCAGCCUCCCCCAGAAGGGACACGGCUGUGCGUCGUGGCCACCAACGUGGCCGAGACGUCCCUCACCAUCCCGGGCAUCAAGUACGUGGUGGACUGUGGGAAAGUGAAGAGGCGUCACUAUGACCGCGUCACUGGCGUGUCCUCCUUCCGAGUCACCUGGGUGUCACAGGCCUCAGCCGAUCAGCGGGCGGGCCGAGCGGGCCGGACGGAGCCAGGCCACUGCUACAGGCUCUAUUCAUCUGCGGUUUUCGGUGACUUUGAGCCGUUUCCUCCUCCUGAAAUCACCCGGAGGCCGGUUGAAGACUUGAUCCUUCAGAUGAAAGCACUCAACAUUGAAAAGGUCAUCAACUUCCCCUUUCCAACCCCUCCCUCCGCGGAGGCCCUCGUCACCGCCGAGGAGCUGCUGGUGGCGCUGGGUGCCCUGCAGGCGCCCCAGAAGACAGAAAGGGUGAAGCAGCUGCAGAGGUCCCGGCUGAGCUGCCCCAUCACCGCGCUGGGCAGGACCAUGGCCACAUUCCCCGUGGCGCCCCGCUACGCCAAGAUGCUGGCGCUGAGCAGACAACACGGCUGCCUGCCCUACGCCAUCACCCUCGUGGCUGCCAUGACGGUCCGGGAGCUGUUCGAGGAGCUGGACAGACCGGCCACCAGUGACGAGGAGCUCGCCAGGCUGAAGGGCAAGCGGGCCCGGGUGGCCCAGAUGAAAAGGAUCUGGGCCGGGCAAGGCGCCUCUCUCCAGCUCGGGGACGUCAUGGUGCUGCUGGGUGCUGUGGGAGCCUGUGAGUACUCCGGCUGCUCGCCCCAGUUCUGCGAGGCCAACGGGCUUCGUUACAAGGCCAUGAUGGAGAUCCGGCGCCUGCGGGGCCAGCUGACCACCGCAGUCAAUACCGUGUGCCCCGAGGCCGGGCUCUUCGUGGACCCCAAGAUGCAGCCACCUUCCGAGAGCCAGGUGACCUACCUGCGGCAGAUCGUGGUGGCCGGCCUGGGCGACCACCUGGCCCGCAGGGUCCAGAGCGAGGACCUGCUGGACGACAAGUGGAAGAACGCCUACAAGACGCCUCUCCUCGACGACCCCGUCUUCAUCCACCCCAGUUCCGUCCUUUUCAGAGAACUCCCUGAAUUUGUGGUCUACCAGGAAAUCGUGGAGACGACCAAGAUGUACAUGAAAGGCGUCUCGGCCGUGGAGGUCCAAUGGAUCCCAGCCCUGCUGCCUUCCUACUGCCAGUUCGACAAGCCCCUGGAGACGCCGCCCCCUGCCUACUGCCCCGAGAAGGGGCGGGUCCAGUGCCACCGGGCCAGCGUGUUCUACCGUGUCGGCUGGCCGCUCCCCGCGGUCCAGGUGGAUUUUCCGGAGGGCGUUGACUGCUACAAGCACUUCGCCCGGUUUCUGCUGGAAGGGCAGGUCUUCCCUCAGCUGGCCUCACACCGGGGCUGUUUGCUGUCCAGUCCUGGCACGAUGCUAAAGACGUGGGCCAGCUCCUGGUGCGUCCAGGCGUCCCUUGGCCUGUGACCACAUCGCCCCCGUGUCUGCCUCUGUUUUCACGUGGCUGGCCCUCUCGGCCUCUGUGGCUUCUCUUCUCAUACGGACACCAGUCGUCGGAUCUAGGGCCCGCCCCCAAUCAGUACGACCUCCCCUUAAGUAAUUGUACCCGCAGAGAUUCUCUUCAAAUAAGGUCACGGUCUGCGGUCUGGGGGAGACCCUGGUCAGCCCAUCGUGAGGCUCCAGGUAUCAGCAGGGAGCAUCCUGGGUGCUGCCUGCCCGCUGAGCACAGACCCGCCUCCCUCCCAUCAGUCUGCUCCUCCUUUCUGCUCUCUUCCUGCUCGUGGCCCCCACCGCCUUCCUAAGACUGGCGUCCCAGACGGCGCAGGGGGCCUGACGCGUAGGAAGCAGGCAGGCGUGCCCACGCCCCGGCAUUCCCGGGGACUCUGGGUAGGGGCAGGGGGCCGGGUGCCCCCUACCCCUCUGCCAGCCAAGUCACUCCCUCGGCAGACAGUUGCGCGCACCAGCCGUGUGCCGGGCACGUUCGCGUGCUGGGGCACGGGCACAACCCCGCCCCCUGUGGGGAUGUCGCAGUGCGGGGAGGCCAACACUGAGACCCAACGUGACUAGCGCAGAUGGUGUGUGGGGACCGGGCGACAGAGGGACAGAGCAGCACGUUGGGGAUGAGUGUCUGCGGGGCUGGGGUUGGUCGGGGGGAGCCUGGCUGAGCAGAUGGGGAGGAGGUGAUGCUGGGAGCAGGGAUGCGGAGGAAGGUUCCAGGCGGGAGGAACAGCCCGCGUGGGAGUGAGGAGAGCCAGGGUGCCGGAUGAGGGUGUGAGAGGAGAGGCGGUCGGUGGGGCGCCAGGGUCUAGACCCUCCUCUCCGGCCAACACCGCCAGCACGACGGAGGGAGACCCUUCACUGGCCUCGGUCAGGCUGGCCUGGCGGGAGCGCCUGCCCCUUCGCACAGCUUCCGGGCGGAGUGACGCCACAGCGUGCGUCCCCCACCUACAGGCUGCAGCCCAGGACAGAGAGCCUCCUGAGAGCCCUCGCUGCCGAGCGCGCCAGCUGCCGAGACGCCUUGCUCGCCGCUUGGAA